UGGUGAACGUUCUAGAAAACCGUUAAUCACACAAGCAAUCUAUCGUAAGAGCAAUGAAAUGUGUUGUUAUCAGCUUAUGCAUUUGCCGACUUGGCAGUAGCUACUCACAUCUAGUGUAAGAUAGCAUUCUUUUAUCACGGCUUACAAUAUUCUGAAUAAUUCGUUUAAUAUACAUUUACUUUUGAUUCAAAAUCGUUUCUCCGAAAUAGUUUGAUGAUUUGUUUCUUUUUAAAACGUUAGUUUUUCAAAGCAACCUCAAGUUUUGUUGUUUGUAUUGCUUAUUCAUUCGAAGCCACAUAAAACGGUGAGUAUUUUCAGAAGUACUUAUCGAAUCAGCCAUGGACGUUAUUUUAUGGAGAAAAGAAACAAUUAAAGGUCAGACCACAUUCAUUGAUCUGUUCGUAACCUUACCAGACGACGAUAAAUGGAAUGAUGAAUCAAUGAAUGAAAUGAAAACAAAAAAGUUUCGAAAGAAUAAUAAGAAAUCAUCGGAAAGUCGAGAGCUGGGAAAUGAAAUUUUUGCGGCGAACAAUUGGUCAGAUGCAAUGGAAUGUUAUAAUGAAAGCCUGCGCUUCGCAGAAGUCGGAACCGAGAAUGUGGCUCUAGCCUAUUUUUUCCGAUCGGCAUGUUUUUUCAAACUUAACAUGAUCGAUGAAGCAUUAGCAGACAUUGAACUGGCCACUAAGGAAAAAAUACCUGACCAUCUUUUGCCGGAGCUUGAACAACGUAAGCAAGAAUGUCUUGAAUUGGUGGAGGUGGUACGACGAGAGCCAGAACAUCCACCGGAAUUGGAUUAUGAAGCAAAUAAACACUACCCUUGUUUGGUGAACAAAGUUGAUAUAAAAUGCAAUCAACAAUUUGGUCGACAUUUGAUCGCUAAUAGUGACAUUCCAAAGGGCAAAACGAUUUUGUUGGAAGAAGCGUUUGCGGUCAGUCAUAUCCAAGAUUCUUCUAUCUGUUACACUUGUUAUCGUGCAACAUUUUCGAAUUUUUUGGCUUGUGAACAGUGCACAAAUGUCGUGUACUGUAGUCUUGAGUGUAAGAAACGCAAUAAAACCCAUGAAUGGGAAUGUGGCACAUUCUUUGGGAUGAGGUGUUUCAACGAUGUUGAAAAACAGAAAAAUUUACAUCGAACUCGAUUGAUAAUCCAAACGGUUUUGACAGCCAUUUCAACAUUUCGAAAUGUUGAGGCUUUGAUGCGAUUCGUUGAAACCCUUGUGCGUGGAGAUGGUGGAGAUCCUGAUAAAUUACCGACAUCAUUGGAUGACCAAUUCUCGAAGUACCACUUCUUUUUCAAAUUGAAGAAAAGAAUGCGAAGAAAACCUUUGAGUGAUUUGAAGCGUGUGUACACAUGCAUUUUGUUUCUACCGAAAAUACGAGAUAUGUUUGACACUUUGGAAAAGAAACGCUUUUUAAUGCAUUUGGUCGUAUGCCAUACAAUUAUUGUGGAUUCAAAUGUAAUGGAAUUCGAAGAAGGUUUAACGGUGCGCAACGUGUUUUCAAUGUUUAACCAUUGCGAACCAAACGUGAAAGUCAACACGUCGGGAAAGCUCACCUACUGUACGACAACUCGACCGGUUAAAAAAGGCGAGCAACUUUUCAUCAAUUAUUUAUCACCUGACGAGAUGAAGUUGCCCAAGGAAAAGCGUCAAGAACAAUUCCGAUAUAAUUGGGGAUUCGAGUGCAAAUGCGAGAAAUGUGCUUAAGUUGAUACUAUUGUAUUAUCAAUGUAUCAUACUAAUCAACAGUUUAAUGGACGCAUUUGAUCCACUCAUAAAUGUGGUGUUGGUAGGUCUAGUUGUUUGACAAAUUCCAUUUUUAUACUAGACUAUGGACAAUUCCUAAAAGAAACACAUAAUACGAUUAAUUUCCAUAUAAAAAAACUGAGCAAACUAUCGAAUUUUAACUGGCUAAGCUUUGUAUCGCUUCUGCUGAACAAACACGGUAAUACAAGCAUGAAUACUAGGGGGAAAAAUCACUUUUUUCAUCUUUUAUAUCCGCACGCAUCAAGUAAUAACUUAGAAAUUCAAUGGUAUGC